ACAACCAGAUGGUGAUUUGAGGUUUCAAGAACUGACCUACAGCUACAUGACAUACUGUGGAGACAGAGAUUUUUACGAGCCCAGAUGCAUGGCCGUAUAAUCCGGCACCUUCUUGAGUCAGAAAAAAGCACGUCUUUUGCUUUGAUUUGUUUUGCUUUCCCUUGAAAUUGCUCUCAGUCAAAGGCGAAAAAACGGGCCGCAAGCAAAGCGAAAUAGGACAGAAGCACGGGAUUGACAAGUAAAGGACGACGGACCGUCAUGCGAGAGGAACAGACUUGUGGCGACUUUCCCGAGGGUGGGGUCCUACCCAGUGAAGAGGAUCAAGAGCGUCGCCCCAACAAGUGCCCCGUCGUCGUUGCACCGCCGGCCGGUCCUCGGAAGCGGCUGACAGGUCCCAAGAAAGAGCCUAGUGGACCCCUAGCACAGGACGACAAAACGCCACUGGAGGGCCCGUCUACGCUCGUUCCCUCUGGCCCCAAGCGGCCCAAGAGGAAUUCACCCUCGUCCUCAUCAAACUCUUCAGCCUCCCAAGUGCUCACCGUGAGCGCGGUGUCACCUGUGCCCGGGCAACCAUUCGAGGACCUCCACACACAACGAGUGAUCGCUAACGUGCGGGAACGACAGCGCACGCAGUCCCUAAACGACGCUUUCGCCUCGCUGCGGAAGAUCAUCCCCACACUGCCUUCGGACAAACUGAGCAAGAUUCAGAUCCUCAAACUGGCUUCACGAUACAUCGACUUUCUCUACCAGGUUCUCCAGAGCGAUGAGAUGGAUGCCAAGCUGGCCAGCUGUAACUACCUGGCCCACGAGAGGCUGAGCUACGCCUUCUCCGUUUGGAGGAUGGAGGGUGCUUGGUCCAUGUCCGCCACUCACUAGACGUUCAUCUGUUCCUAAUCCCGCCGACCGACCCUACAGCCCUACGAAACGCCACUUCCAACCAGCCUCUGAACUCUGAACCUGCAUUCUGCCCGAGAGAGAGAGUGACUCUGAUUAUUAAACACAUUGCUUUCUAUCCACCAGCUACGGCUUCAACUUCCCCAUCAACAGCCAUUUGACUCCUGCUGCCAUGACCUGACCCUGCCUAAAGCUGACCUCUGACCUUCCAACACAGAUCUUUUCACUUUUCCUCAGAGCAACCCUCUACAGUAUCCCACUAUCCCAGAG